GCACCCUUGCCCCCUCCCCCACCCCCUCCUCCCCCUCCGCCUCCCCCCAGGCUAUGUGGGGCUCAGCUCCUGAAGGCCGCGCUGGAGCAAGUGGACCCUGGGGACCAGGACGGUGUUCGGGAGCUCCUGAGGCGCCGGAGGGCCAGCUUCAGCAUGCAUUUGAAGUGGCUCCUUUUCAACCACCCCGUGUCUUCCUUAAUCCAAGAAGGCCCCCAAUGUGGCCUGGUGGCCUUGUGGAUGGCUGGGGCGCGCUCUCCCCGCAAGGCUGUUUCCCUGGAGACAAUUGUUCAGGUGGCUUUGGAGAGAGGCUACACAGCCCAGGGAGAAAUGUUCUCAGCUGCCAACAUGUCCAAGCUAGCUGAGGAGGUCCCCUGCCAGGCAGAGCUGCUCUCUGGAGGCCUAGGGGGAGAAAACUACCAAAGGAUCCUUCAUCACCUUAGCCAAGGCUUCCCUGUGUUGAUACCCUACGACGAAGACUCCAACCACGAGCCCUGCCUCCGGAGCGGCUACAAGGCUCACUGGGCCAUUGCCUCAGGAGCUCUGCUGGGUCUGGAGGACAGCAUCCAGCUGGCCGCCUGCCAGGAGGACGAAGAGAUCCGGGGCCUCUUCCAUGCCAGCCCAGCCGUGGCCUCGACUCUCUCGCUGGACUCUCCCGCAGCGGAGACAUAUUUGCUCUCCAAGCAGGGCAAGAGCGGCCGCUACCAGCUCUGGCACUACUCCCAGGUGGAGGCCAGCAACGGGCAGCUGACUGACUUCAGCCCCAAGCGGGCAGCCGACGGAAAGGUCUACAUUGUGCCAGCCGGGGGGGUGCGCGAGGGACUUUGCGGGAAGGCGGUGCUUCUGCGGCCGGCUGGGCCAGAGGGCUACCGGCCACGCUGAGCUGGCCAGAAGGAGGAACUGCUUUCCAAAGCUCCGACCAGAACGAAACGAACCAGGAGCCAGAAGUAGCUGUGGAUGCA